AGUCGCGCAAUUGAAACAGAAAGCUCACACGUUCCGACUUCUUCCCUUUUCCCUACCAUCUCAAAACUGUUCUCAAGCCAUUCUCUUUUCAUUAUCGAACAGCGAUAAGUAUGCCUAGAAAAUCUGCUACUACGGCUGAGGCCGCAGAGGGUGAAACGAGGCGAUCUUCGAGGCUCGCUGCUCAGCCGAAGAACGAGGAUGCGGCAGCAGCAGCUAAGCCAGCUGUAAAACGACAGCCAUCCAAGAAGAGGACUGCUGAUACCGAAGAAAAGGUGGCAAAGAGCGACGCUCCUGCAGCAAAGAAGAGCAGGAGUGCUGGCAAGAAGGCCGAGAAAGCAGAGGAAGAAGCAGAAAGCUCAGAUGCUGCUCCAGAAGUGGCUCCGAUAGACCUUGGAGACAAUCUUCCCUCUGUCACGCUCAAGAACGAGAAGGGCGAGGAUGUGGACGUCUCCACUCUCACUGCUGAGAAGGGACUCAUCCUCUUCUUGGUUCCAAAGGCCGAUACCCCGGGUUGCACAAAUCAAGCCUGUGGCUUCCGAGACAUUUAUCCCGACUUCACUUCCUCUGGCUUUGAGGUUUACUGCCUCAGCGCGGAUUCUCCCACGGCACAGAGCAAAUGGCAGUCAAAGAAGAGUCUUCCGUAUCCGUUGCUUUCUGAUCCCAAACGUAUAUUAAUCUCGGCCCUCGGAGCUGGCGAAGGUGGAAAAACGAAGAGAAGUCAUUUUAUCUUUGAAAAAGGUGGCAAGCUGGUGGAUAAGAGGAUACCCGUGAAACCUGCCGAUAGUCCGAAGUUGGCUUUGGACUUCGUCAAGAGCUUGGGCUCUUCGUGAGCCUGUAUCCGGUUUUUUUAAACCAGAAAGACAACCUUUUCACUAUCUUAUAGUUUCGGAUUAGGGGAUAUCUGUGGUUAAGUGUUUGUAUUUCUACUGUACGGGGGCUUAAGAAAGAAGAUAACUUGAUACAGUAUGGCUCACUUGCUUCGUUACCGAUUUUGUUCUUUAAACGUCGUUCAUGAAUUUUGAAUCAGUCUCUUGUCUCACUCAGGGCGGAAACUCACUGCAUUCGAACU